GAGGACCGAGCGAGAGAGAAAAAAAAUAUUAAUUUUCCGGGAAAAGAAAGGGAAGAAAAGAGCAGACAUGACGAAUCUGGGGUCGUUUGAAACGCACCGUAUUGUCAAAGCGCAAAUGGGGAAAUUUCAUCGACGACUUUGGUUUUCUCGAGAAAAUUCACUUAAAAGAGAGACCAAACAAACCCUAAAUCAAAACUUAUCCUCUCCUCUCCUCUCCUCCUAUGUUCAUCAUCGGGGGAUCUGAAGACUUGGAUUCAACCUGAUUUCGUCUCACACAAGAUUGAACCAGGAAUGGAUCAAUACGGCUUGCCAGUACAGAGAAGGGAGAUGAAACAUAAAGGGAGAAACGUUGUAUGGUCCGUUGGUAUGGAUAAGUGUCUCAUCGAAGCUUUGUCUUUCCAGGCCAAAAACGGCAACAAGGUUGACAAAUGCUUCAACGAGAACGCGUACACUGCUGCUUGUCUUGCCGUCAACACUCGUUUCAACCUUAACCUCAAUAGCCAAAAAGUCAUCAAUCGCCUCAAGACAAUCAAGAAAAGGUACAGAGUUAUGAGAGACAUACUUAGUCGAGAUGGGUUUUGGUGGAACGCAACCACAAAGAUGAUCGAUUCUCAAAGUGAUGACCUCUGGAAAAGAUAUAUUGCAGUACACCCAGACGCUAAAGCAUUCAAGGGAAAGCAAAUUGAGAUGUAUGAAGAACUUAGAAUAGUAUGUGGUGACUAUCAUCAAGCCCCAGGUCGAUAUGCCAAGGUGAAAGCUGAAAGCAAUCAUCAUCAGAACGACUUUAAACACUUUGAAGAAGACUCUGUUUCGUUCCCUUUGCCAAGCUCUGAAGACAAUAAUAGCGAUACAGAUGGAACAGAGUCCUACGCAGGAGGUGGUGGAGGAGCAGAUGAGUAUUUGCAUGAAGAGCCUCAAGAUCUUCCUCUUCCUCCUCCACCUCGAAAUCCUUUAAAGCAGCCUCUUAAACGACCUAAAAACUCAGAUCCUUUCCAAGAGGCCAUGUUAGCAGUUGCUUCAAGCAUUCGUCGCCUAGCUGAUGCAGUGGAAGGAAGCAAAAGUUCGGUCAACACAGAGGAACUGCUUGAAGCAGUGAUGGAGAUUGAUGGAUUGGAAGAAGCCAAGCAGAUGUAUGCGUUUGAGUAUCUGAAUGGUGAUCCGGUGAAAGCUAGAGCUUUCAUGGCUUAUAAUACUCGGAUGAGGAAGUUGUUUUUGUUUCGACAGUUUUGGUGGUGGAAGUAAAAACAAUGUGUGGAUUUGCUUUGCUUCGCUUCUCUAUGAACCAGUAGCAGAAUUUUAUUUCUAGGUAAUUUAAAGUCUGGAGUUUGUAUUUGGUGCUUGUUGUCUAUGGUAAAAUGAUUUAAUCCCAAGUACCAUUACAAUACCAA